AGGGGAUAUUUCUCAUCGGUAGCCACAUAUGUGCCCAGUAGUGCCCUUUGGUGGAUGUUUUACCCCAUGUUUUCUGAAAACAUAAUGCCUUUAUUUCCUGAGAAUACACCGCUUAUGUUAAUUCAAUGCACGUCCGGAUCUAUCUCUGGGAUGACUGUCGCAGUCAUAACCAAUCCAUUGGAUGUGUUGAGAGCCAACAUUCAGGUGCGAAGAAUCGUCGGUUCAUAUAUAUUAGCGAUGAAACAGCUCUGGGCUGAAGAGCACUUCAAUAUAUUUAAGAAGGGAUUGUCGGCCAGAAUUACUCAAAGCUGUAUAUCGUCUGCUUUUAUAGUCGCAGGUUAUGAAACACUAAAACGAUUAAGCGUUAGUGAAGAAUACAGGCAUACAAUCAAAUGGUAACAAAUAUGGCAAACACUAGUCAUCGGGAAUUUGACUCGUUUUUUGUGAUAAAAUACGUGUUUUUGUAAUAU